CGCGUUCACGGCGAGAAUCGGACCAGCGCCGCGCAGCGGUUGGUCGAGACGUCGGAAGUACCGCGAGGUUAUCGAUUCUCGGCAGAGAUACCGUAACGUAAUAAUAUCCGAUUCUAAUAGCGGCCGGCAAUGCGAAAAUUAUAGCGCGCGACGGCGGACCCGCGUCUCGGCUCGUCUCUUCUGGUCUCGUCUCUAUCCUUGAUGAAAACGCGUGUUCCGCGGAGCUUACGUAAAGCUCCGCGCAGUUCGUGAUACAAAGAGGCUUCCCGAGCUUUCGAUGACACGGACGGGGGACUCGAUUAUUCCAGCGAGCUCGAAACUCGACGGACUCGAUCCAACUAGAAGCGGAUAAUGGUAUAAAAUUGUAACUAAACAUCGUGUCGAUUGGUUGCAAUAUUCCAUGGGGGCGUAUCGCGUUAAACCGAUGAAACCGAUGAAACCGAUGAAACCGAUGGAACCGAUUAAACCGAUUAAACCGAUUAAACGGGAACGAAAUGAUUUCGAUGACCGAGCUCUGUCCGUUGCGUCGGAAAUAUCUUGACCGUUUGAAACUCGUGGGCGAUCGGUUCGCGUCCUUCGUCCUGUGACGCGAAAGAAAGCAUUCGUUUUUCCACGAACGAAAUACGCUGAAUUUUUAAUCGAACGCGUUGCUUCAACCGCGUUGUCCGCGUUUAUUUUUGCCGGGAACUCGUCGAUAAAUUCUCCCGUAACAUCGGCGGUUCUUCCUCGUUGUCGGCAACGCGAGAUCCGAUCGUUUCUUUCGGACACGCGUCGUUCGAGGAUUUCGACGUUGGAAAAGCCAGCGACAGUUUCGGUGCCGUAGAGUCCUGUCGGUGGAUUUCUCUUGAAAAAAUGCUUCGAGAACGGAUAAACGCUGCUUCGAAAUGUACUCUCGCGCGCGUUUUUCUUUCAAAAAUUCUGCAAAUUUCUCUCGCGUUCCGCAAGGAAUGGGAACGCGAUGAAAUAUCGUGCUCGCGAAAACGGUCGCGAGCGAGCGCGAAGCGACGAGAUCGGUCCAAGGGCAGGAUCCGACUACCGACGCGAGACGAUAAGGGGGCGAGAUGGAAGCGAUUUCGAUGAUCUACGCGGUACGUUACGCGGGAUCGAUCGCGAUCGACUGAUCGGACAAGAACGGGUACGUCGCGAUCCAUCCUCUGGACUCACGAUUCAAGACUCUAGGCCCUGGAGAAUACGCGUCUCCUCGACGGCCUCGAAAUGCCAGGGUGCGCGGCGGUGCAGAAUCGUGCGCUCGUAAUCGUCGGGUACCGGUAUACGCGGCUUACGAUGUUACGAAUCAUCCGUACAACGCGUCCCGUCGCCUGGGCCGACACGAUUUUUCCUUUCUCCGCGAUUCGAUCCGUGCACGGUGCGCGAACGAUGGAUCGAUUCGUCGUAUUUCCGCUCGAAACGGUUCAAAGUUUUAUGGGAAGUCUUUCGAGGCGAUCGAUCUACUUCGCCGUGCUGGCGCUAACCACCGGCAACGUGCUCCAGGGGGAGAGCCAGUAUCUGAGGGGAAAUCGUUCGUUGCCGGAAUCCGACAGCUUUCUAGAGUCGGACACCAUGUCCCCUACAACCAUGAGGAUCAACGUGGCCCUGCUACUGUGCUCGUGUUGCGGCGUCGUUUGCAGCAUCAUGCUCCUCUACGGUCUCUUCAAGUCUACCUUCGACCCGGCGAAAGUGAUGCUGUUCACGCUGAACUUCUUUCUUCUAUGCCUGAACAUAUAUUCGCUGUUGUGCGUCGUCUCCCAGUAUCAAGAAUAUAUGGCCGGUCGAGGGACCGCCGCGCACGACUACGAAUACCGGGUCAGUAUUUUGAGAGUCUCUCGCGAUCGGCCGAAACAGCAACGGGAUAAAGGACGAAAAGUUCCAGCGGUGAGGUACGCGACGCAGCCGACGACGACCACCGCCACGUCUUGCUUGAGCUCCCGACGAACGCCGACCAACAACGAGACCAAAACGACGGCGACACCGACGCAGAGUCCUACGGCGGGUCGGAACGCUUCGGAGAAAAGUCCGGUGACGGGGAGACCGGCUAGGAAGCACGUCCAAUUUCCGGACACGGCCUUCGAGGAACAGAAAGUGAAAUCCGAGAGCUCGACCACGAUCUUGAUAUCGAAGAAGGACUCGGAGGCCGUCGAUCCGACGCCGUCGUCCCCGAUGCGGCUCGAGGACCAACCGACGAUCGACCAGUCCCAGAGAAACAGUCUGAUCCGUCACACCUGAAUCCGACUCCGGCAUCGACGACGGAGUCGUCCCGUAACCUCGUCGACGAUCUCGUUUCGCCGAGGCGCGAAGGCUCCGUCCGGUCGAUCGCGUCGCCGAUGGAUCGUCGAUUCUCGCAGGUCGUAAGGCUGUUGCACCUGCGCGUGCGCGUGCACGAGCGAUCGGAACUGGCCGUCGAACGGAUCAUCGACCCUUUCGAAUCGACCGAGCGCGUCGAGUUGUCGAAGGAGAGAGAGAGAGAGAGAGAGAGAGAGAGAGAGAGAGAGAGAGAGAGAGACGAUCGAUCCGGAUCGAGAUUCUACCCUCGGGCCAGCGUCUUCCACAAUCUCCGAAAGGUUUUCCCAAGUCGGCGAUGGAAACGUCGAAUACAUCCGACACGGUUGAUCGACGGUACGAACAUCGUGGCACCCACCUUCCUUUGUCGUUGCAUCCUUUGUCUCUGUAGAAACGAACGCUGAUCCCAAUGCGACGCUUCCCUUUCCGCAUCAUAUUUUUUGCAUAGGAAGGUAAUUCGAUGUAUGUAAAAUAGAUGGGAAAUACUAAAAUAGCGGCGCGAAUCGCGUGCUUUUCGGUAAAGCGUAAUAUUUUCUGCUCCGCUUCGCUUCGCUUUGUCACGGUUCUUGAGGAUAAGCAACGCUAGAUCGAUUCGGUUUUGCUACCAGAUUCCAGAUAAUCGCUAACGGUUUUCGAAGAUCGCCGCGAUCGCUGCCUUUGCCGUCGAUCGCUAGACUUUUGUUGCCGCGCAUCGCGCUCGCCUACCGAAUACGUAGCAACCGCCGAACAAAUCGAUACCACGAAACGUUCCAUCGACGGAAAAUCGGCGGGAAACGCGACGCGGCGUCGCGCAAAAUAGUCCCGUCCGAAAAAUAGUCGGAAGAAGCGUCCGAAGACGAGCGAAGGUAGGUGGACGUCGAAGCGACGGGAGAAGACGUCCGCGCGAAGAAGAAUUCGUGGACGGCAUGGGGACCGUCGUUCGACGGCGCGUCCGUGUCGCGUUCGAAAGGACAGCCGGAAACGUUGAGACGGAUCGAUGCGCCGAUCGAACGAAGACGUUUUCGUUUGCUCGCCGCUCGAUCCGAUAUCGACGGAUCGGUGACGCGCGCGACGCGACGCUUUCGCAUUUCGCAUUUCGUGGUAUCGAAAACCGAUGUCUCCGUUCUCCGUUCUCCGUUCUCCGUUCUUCGUUAUUUGGACCAAGCUAAGCGCCGAUCGAAGGACCACUUACCGUUAAAAGUAAUUCUAUUCGUUUCUACUCGAAACCGGCUCGGCUCGGUUCCCCGAGCGACGCGAACGCCUCGUCCCGUUGGUUUUGGGACCCUGUACAGUUUCUUCGCGAGCUCGCUUCCGUUGGAAAUUCCGAACCGAUCGAAUUCGUUUCGACGAAACGCGUUCGCACCGAAAUGGCAUCGCCGAAAACGAAGAUUUUAACGAGAUAUCCGUUAGGUUUCAACGGUGAUUCGUUCCGUCCUUCUACCUUGAAAACGCGCGGCAAGUCGGGGGCCCGCGUUUUCGUAUUUAUUCGCGUCGCUCGGGAACGAGACGAAGCGACGCGAUCGUUGCCCGUCGUUGCCGGAUAGGAGGAACUCGUCGUUGGGAGGUCGAGUGAUCCGACGCGGAAGCGAUCCGUCUACCGUCUACCGAGACUUCGAGGCGAGCGGCUCGUUUCCGCGAACCACGCGAACGAGCGGCCACGACACGGCCCCGAAAUCGUGUUCGCGCGUGCCCCUACGAUCCUAGGAAUAACCUCGCACCACCGCUCUUCCGUGGAAAUACUUGCGCGAAAGUACUAGUUUCCGUUUCCGUUCCCGUCGACGACGAGCCGCCGUUGCGCGCAGUCAGAGAAUUUUUCCGACAGCGAGCAACCGGUCGAGCGCGAGUCGAGCAACGAAAGUCGUCGCCGUUCGUUUCUUUUUUUUACCGGGUGGAUAGCUCCGGAUUCCGAAGCUAACCCCGACGGAGCGAACCUACAUCCGUGGCCGACGACCGAGAUCUCGCCGACCGACGCGACGGGUGCGAUCGUCGAUCGCGAUUUUCGCAUCGAACGCGAACCGAGCAAACGCGCGUUUCUCAACUUUGGCGAACGCCGAUUCGUUUUUUCUUUUUUCGUAUUCUCGUCCGACGAUAGCGUGCGCGUUAUCGUAAAUUCGAACGUGUUACCGAUACCUGUUUGUAUAGGAUCCCGAAGAGAAGUUUUAAAAGGCUGUUUAAAAGUUUUCAAUAAAUAAUUUAUGUGGUUUUCUAGCCGA